AUGGCUGAAGUUCCUCCAGUUCCACCUCCACCUCCAGAGAGACUCCUUGGUGAUUAUGGAGGCGCAAAUGCAUCGGGUGGUAGAUUGACAAUUGUCAACCAACCGAAUGUUAAUAUUGUCACGACGAAAAGGGAGAGGGCCGCUAAAGAUGAAAAAGUUAUACCACCUGGCAAGCCAACUAAAGAGAAAAAUAAAAAGGAUACUAAAUCGGUGAUUAAGUUACCCUACCCUCAGAGAGUGACAAAGAAGGAUCCAAGAGAGUUAUACUUUGAGAAAUUCAUGACAAUGUUCAAAAAGAUAGAGAGACACAUGUCUUUGUUUGAAGCACUUGAGCGAAUGCCCAUGUAUAAAAAAUUCAUGGAAGAGGUAAUGGCGGAAAAGAAACCAACAUCAGAAGAACCGGUAGCCUUGAAGAAAAAGUGUAGUGCAAAUUCACUGGGUCAGAAAAUUCCAAACAAACAGAAGGAUCCUGGAAUGGUAACAGUAUCAUGCACAAUAAAAGAGAGAACUUUCAAAAAGGUACUAACUAAUUCUGGAGCUAUUGUGAGUUUGAUGCCAUUAUCAAUUUAUCACAAGUUGGGUAUUAAAAAUGUCAGUGAUACAAAGACAAAUUUGAAGUUUACGGAUCACUCGAGAAAGGAUGCAUAUGGUAUAGCAGAAGACGUAUUGGUGAAAAUAGAGAACUUGAGUUUUCCUGUUGAUUUUGUGAUCCUAGACAUACCUGGAGAUGAAGAGACACUGAUUAUUCUUGGUCGACCUUUCAUGUAG